AAAUUUUCGUUUUCCCCCAAAACCCCACUACUUCAGUUUGUCGCCAUGGCUUCGCCGGAUUCUGUUACCCCUUCUUCCAGAGUUCGUCGGGAAACGGCGGAGAAAGCUGUCGAAUCUCUCCUUCAAUGGCGGAAUUCUAAACGAGAGAAGCCCCAACUCUUCGACCAGGAAGAUUUUCUAUACCUUGUCGUGACCCUCAAGAAAAUACCUCCCAAAGGUCGUACAAACCCUUACAAAAUCCCUCUUCCGCAUUCCCUCCACUCCGAUUCUUCUGAAAUCUGCCUCAUAAUCGAUGACAGAACGAAGUCCAAUCUCACCAAAGAUCACGCUAGGAAGAAAAUCCAGUCGGAAAAUAUCCCAAUUUCGAAGGUCAUUAAGUUGUCGAAGCUUAAAUCCGAUUACCGCCCUUUUGAAGCUAAACGGAAGCUCUGUGAUUCGUAUGAUAUGUUUUUCGCUGAUGAUCGGGUUAUUCCGCUAAUGCCGAGUCUGUUGGGGAAGCACUUUUACAAAAAGAAGAAGAUUCCGGUGCCGUUGAAUUUGAGGCAUCAGAAUUGGAAAGAACAGAUCGAGAAGAGCUGUUCAUCGGGUUUGUUGUAUUUGAGGACGGGGACUUGCAGUGUGGUGAAAGUGGCGAAGACUUCGAUGGAAGUUGAAGAGAUUGUGAGCAAUGUGAUUGCGGCCAUUGAUGGCAUUGCUGAGGUUGUGCCUAAGAAAUGGAGUAAUGUGCGGUCGUUUCAUUUGAAGGUCCUCGAAUCUAUUGCAUUGCCAAUUUACCAAACAGUGCCGGAGUUGAAGUUUAAGAUCGAGGCCUCCGUGAAGGGGAAGGAAGAGGAAAUGGAAAAAGAAAAAGAAAAAGAAGAUGCAGGAAAGAGUCCUACCUCUGUAAAGGUUAGCAACAAAAAAGAGAAAAAGUUGAGCAAAAAGAAGGGGAGGAUACAUGAAGUUCGCUAUAUGGACAGCAAUGGCGGAGAGUUGUCUGAUGAAGAUGAACCGGACAGUGAUCUUGAUGAAGACAUGGAUAAUGUUGAGGUUAGUGAGAAUCUCAAAAUGGGUAGUGAUGAAUUGAAGGGUAAGAAACGGAGUAGAGUGAACAAAGGGAAAGAAGAGCUUCAAACUGAGUUGAACGUCGUGAAAACAUUAAAUAAGUCAAUUGAUAUGAAAAAGAAGGAUGGUAGUGUCAAACAAAAGAAGGAUGAGAUAAGUACGAAGAAGAAAGAUGGAGAUAAAAUGAAGCAAAAGGAAGGUUUUUUUUCUGUUGAAGAAGAAGGAUCUGCUGGGAAGAAGGUAAAAAAGAGUGGGGUUUCGAAGUUAAAAGCUGCCGGUGGAACAAAGGUCAAGACAAAGAAGUUGAAAUCAGUGUUAGAGAUGAGUGAAGCUUGAGGAGCUCUAAAGGUAUUCUCUUCUUUAUAAAAUUUCUUCAUGACCCAAGUAUGCUUAUACGACCCACUUUUAAGUGGCAAAUUUUGAGUAUCUUUAAUCAUUUUCCAUUUUUUAAUCAGGUUUGGAAAAUGAACUGAUUGAUUUAUAUGUCUACUGUGUUCUUAGUUAAGGAAAUUCUGAAAGCUUGAUGUUUGCUCUUUA